AUGUCUACUCCAGCAACAAACCCUACAUCCCGUCAUCUAACCACCACUACCACAAACUCGAGAACUCUUUCCAAAACGGCCGAACCGGGGAAUUCAUCCAGCUCCUCAAUACAACAGCCUCCUCCGUCACCUCGUGCACAUUCCAAAUCAAUACUCACGAUAGCGCUACAGAAGGCUCAAUCUGCCGUGCUAUUAGACUCUGCCAAUAAUGUAGCCGCUGCGUUAGCCGCAUACAAGCAGACUGUAAGGCUGUUAUCGCAAGUGAUAGACAAAGCUGCUAAUGAAGGUGAUCGCCAAAGGUUACAGAAUAUCCACGACACAUAUGCCGAACGAAUCAAACUACUCUCGACUAUUGUCCCUUCUCCUAAUGAAGACGUAACUAACUCGGAGAAUGAUCCAAACAACAAUACACGCAAUAAUAAACAUACUAGGCAACGGAGUGCUAGCUGUGCAGAACCAGUGACUAGUCCACAGACAGUUAUUAAUUCUAAAACAGUGGACAAGCGUAAAAGCAAUUCCUCUGAUCACAAAAAGCGGAUCGAUGUUCUGGACAAGGCAAUCCAGAAGAGGGGUUACACAAAGUCCUCGCCAGCAGAUACAAAAGUACUCCACUAUACUAAUUCAACUGCAUCAAGCCAAAUGGACGAUCCAAGUCACGUUAAUGUCACUAACGUUAAUGGCAUUACAUUUAAUGCGAACGUACCAGAUACGACUAGUGAUUCAGAAUCCGCACAGAAAGCAGGACCAAGGAGAAAAAAAUCAACGUCUUCAGUAUCAACAACAAGAUCAUGGAACUCUAGAAAAUCUUUCAUGUCGGAUAAGACAACUCCUCCUCAAUCAGAUUACGAAUCGGCUGCAGAAAGACCAAAAUCUCCUGCAGAAUCUACAGAAGGAAACGAAUCGUCAAUCAGUCUAUCUGACUUUGGAUCGGGAUCGGAAGAUCAGAACGAUGUUUAUGGGCCUCUUAUCAGAGAUGAAGAGGCGACGCAAGGCAUAAAGCAUGUAAAAAGCAAAAGUGAUCCAACAAGAAUCGAUACAAAUCCGAAUGGCAAUUCAAUGACAUACAAACAGCAAUUAACUCAGUCCGAACAGAAGCGUUUUCAAUCACCGCGUAUUUUAAUUCCACCUCCCCCUAAGGGAGAUCCACCAAAACCCGCACAACUUAAGACGUUUCAACCUGAAAUUAUAAAGUAUGUAAAACCCAAGGUUUUUAGUCCAACAUUUCUACCUCCUGAACCACCAUCAGUUCCACCUCCAGGGACGGAGGUAUUAGAAAAAAAGAAAUCAACCUCAGUCAAAGCUAGUCCCUCACCAAAGCCAUUACCGAUUUCAUCAAAAUCAGAACCUAAUCUAUUAGCAAGCCAGCAUCAAGAUUUGAAUGAUGAUGUUGCUAAUAAGCCGUUACCAACCCAAACACGUUCGAAAGCAUCUACGCCCUCUACAAAACAACUUUUUGGUAAGGAGGCACCUACAAGUCGACGGCCAGGACCCCUUCCCUUGGUGCAAGAAAAACAAUAUAACUCCCGUAUAGUACUUACUCGUGUAGCAUCGAGCCAAGAUACUACAACCCCAUCAAGUCCUGGCCCGCCCAGACGAUCAGCCUCGAACCCUGGUCAAUCGCGAAAAGGUCAUAAUGCCACUCGAUUUAAUCCGCAUUUGUCGACUCUGCCUGGAUCGCCUACUUCACCGUGGGUCUCGGGUUUUAACAUGCAGUCACCACCGCUUGGUAGUCCGAUGAGUCCGCUGUAUAGGUCAGAUUCUGCAAGAUUAUAUGAUGCAAGUUAUUCCUCAUUGGUCAAUACGAGCUCUACGCAUUCUCUCGAUUCGGGUGUUUAUGUGCCGGGCCAGAAUGCGCCACCAGAUUUACCUCCGGAUGAUGUACAUAUGAGGCCGUUUUGGUUAAUGCGGCUGUUGGGGCGUACGAUGGCGAGUGGGGGAUAUCUAACCGAAAAGCUGUAUGUUCCUAGUAGUGUUUGGGGUCAGGCAACUGUUAAGCUGUCUGCUAUAGAAGCAAAAGUUUCUAGUUGUGACAUUAUAUAUAACUGUUUGUUGAGGCUGGAAAAGAUUCCUGUUCACGAUAUGGAUGGUCUUGUCAAGGAAUUGGACUCUAUCGAUUCUACUAUUGAAUCUAUCCAAAAUACUCUGGCGCGUAAGCUCAGUUUUGUAGAGUCGACAAAUGGAAAGAGUCGCCAGAGUACUAAUUCUAUUAUGAAUUGGGGAAACAAAAUAAGUCAGCGGCUUGAUCGAAUGUCUGACAAACGUAGCGAGACUAAUGCAUAUGUAGAAAUUUUAUUGAAAGUAUUUACUAAUGCUAAAGUUGUGGCCGACUUUUUUGGAAAUGUUAUAUGUCGAUUUGUAGUAAAAGAUCUCGGGAUACUCAUAGAUAAAUACGUUAAAAGAGGAGGGCACUGGUUAACAGACUAA